CGCCACUAUUUCUCUUAAUACCCUGUUAAUCUCAAAGACCCUGUUUUUGAUCGCUUUGCGUUUCGUCGUCUCAGAUAAUCAGAUUUAUUUUCCAGGCUAGAAGCAUUUCGUGCAAAAGCUUGGAUGUUCUUCACCAAAAGAUUUUGAACUUUUCUCGUCUAUUAGCCGAAGCAAGUUGUUAAAUCAUGAGCACAUUAUAUUCGUGUGGUAGGUUGUUCUUUUGGUUCAAGAUGUUUACUGGCUCGAGUUUUUCCUUGGUGACAUACGUGAAUCACGAAAUGCAACUGAUCAAUCUUACAUGACCUUGGAAAGCUGAAAAAUUGAAGGGUUUAAGCAUCUCUGAAAUAUUUCUGGGUGGAAGAUACCAUCCCUGAUGCAACGUCAAGGGGACACCAUUAAUUCCUUCCCUGAAACUGUUAACGUUGAAGAGGGACCUAGUCCUGAUAACGCUAGUAUCGGUCAACCAAAUUCUUUGGGUAACUUGUUGACUCCUUUGGAAACCCGGUCAUCCAAUUAUACAGUUCCUUCUGGUGAAACGCAUGGAAACACUCUUACUCCUGAUGUUCGGAUCUUAAGUGGCUGGAAUUCUGGUGAACCAAGUUCUAGAGUUAGACUGCAAAACCAGUUGAAUCGGGAUAUGCUGAAUCACCAGCUUGAUGAUGAUGGAACAAAAGUAGAACAUGGCUGGUCUACAUAUGGUACUCAUGCUGGUGAUGCUCAAAGGUCAGAAGAAAGGCGGGUUGAACCACUAAAUGUCUUUUUCCCUGGGAGAUUGAAUAACGGCCAUAUUGUUAAUCAGAUUAGAAAUGCGCCUGUAUAUUUUGAAGGUUCGAGCUCUAAUCAUGGCCCACUGAGUGUGAAUCUAACUGAAGGAUUUAUUAGCCGCAGGGGUGCUGGGGGGUCGGGUGUUGGAUCUGGUAUGGAUCAUAAUCCGCACAACUCAGUUGGAUCAGAAAGAGAGAAGGUAUCUAAUGCCAGUGUGUCUUAUAAUGUUGGUAGUUCUUCUGGAAUCUCUAAUUACAAGGGGGAGGAAAUUGAUGAUGGCUCUGGCUCUUCACUGGGGAGUUGGGGUUUAUCCUGCAAGAGGAAGGCUCUUGAAGGUACUUCCAGACAGUCUUAUUCUGCUAGUACUUCAAGCUAUUCUGAACAAAUUGAAAAUGUUGCAAUGCGUGCUAUUCCUGCUCGUACUGAUGCGUCUAGUCACAUGGGUUUACCGACACCGUCUCGGAAUUUACUUAAUGUUAGCCCUACUGACCAGCUUGAUAUGAGAGGAGUGGUUAGUGAUGCAUUUCCUUCUUCUAGUGCAAGAAGUGCAAGCCAAGGAAGCCGACAAGAAUGUUCACUAUAUAGCUUAUCAUCAACUGGGGUUGCUGGGCAGUCUACUUUCGGCUCUCCAAGUCACCCUAGCGCUGCCCCAUUUGGUGACUCCAGAGAUCUGAGAUCAACAGAAGCAAUAGCUGAAAAUUUUAGCUCUCCCUCGUCUCAACCUUGUACAAGGACUGUUUCUAUUGUGCCAAGAAAUGUGCAUCCUUUCCCUUGGAAUGGGACUUCCAGUUCAAGAGCUGGCAACCCAUCUGGAUCUACUAAUCCUGUCGAGAGAGCUGCUGCUGCCUACAGGGAGGAACCGAACAUAAGAAAUAUCUCGAGAAGCAAUGUAGAGCAUCCCAUGUUUGAACUGGAAACGGAGAUGAGACAUGUAGCACAAAAUCCUACAGGUUGGAGUUUGGCAACUGAAAAUAAUAUUAGCACUUCUGGAAGUGUUCCAUCGUCUAAUCGGCCUGGUCAUAGUUCAAGCAUCCCGUCUUUGCCCACUCCUUCCUGGGUUCCUCCUCAGAACCCACCAAUACAAUAUCAACAACGCCUAUCAGAAUUUGCACCUUGGUCUUUGUUUCCUCCAUUUGAUUCUGAAUCUGGUAACAAUACUGGUUAUUUUCUGUCGUUAUCGUCAGGUGGUCCUUCUGCUUCCUCACAAGAAACAAGAGUGCCAUCUCGAUCUAACAGCCAAGGUAACAAUCGAACAUACCCAAGGUCAGCACUCAUGUUGGAGAGACAAGGCGAUAAUGUCCUUGGGAUGCCUCACUCAUUGCGAGCUUUGGCUGUUGAUAUCGAAGGGAGACACCGGCUAUUAUCCGAAAUUCGUCAAGUUUUGACUGUCAUGCGUAGGGGGGAGAACUUACAAAUCGAGGAUUAUACGAUGUUCGAUCCAUUCAUAUACCAUGGCAUGGUUGAAACACACGACAGGCACAGAGAUAUGCGCCUUGAUGUUGAUAACAUGUCGUACGAGGAACUGCUGGCUUUAGGAGAACACAUAGGAGACGUGAGUACCGGACUGAACGAGGAAACAAUUCUGAAGUUGAUGAAACAACAUAAGUAUUCAUCCAUUACGACAGAAUUCACACAAGAAUCGGAACCCUGUUGUAUCUGUCAGGAAGAAUACGUGGAUGGGGAAGAUACCGGCACACUCGAUUGCGGGCACGACUUCCACACUAACUGCAUCAAACAGUGGUUAAUGCUGAAAAACCUGUGUCCUGUUUGCAAGACAACAGGCUUGCUCAAGUGAAGAUCAAAAGUUGUUAUAAGAACGAGAACUUCAAUUUUCUUCUAGUUAAGCCGCCGUUCUUGAUCAUAAACUGUAAACUUUUCGAGGCGGUGGAGCAGCCAUUAGUGUUAUGAAUUGCAGAAUGAGUUUGUGGAAUCACUUGCAUAAAACAUCAUGACAAUGGUAUAUACAUAUUUGAAAUAAUAUGUGACAUUGUUAACAAGCUUUAAGAAUGUA